AAAAUCAUUCCUGGAAUUUACCAUGCUAAUUUAUGAGGAUAUUUAAUGACUAUUUGGCUUGCUAUUUGAUAAUGCAUUUCAAAUGCCUAUCAGAUAAAGUUUUCAUUAUUCCAGCUUGUAUCUACAAGCAGUAUGUUUUCGACAAUACACAGAACAGCUGAUUGUGACACGACGGAGUUCUUAGUUUGACGUGCAUGUAUUAGGUGGACUUUUGUCAACAAAAGUGGCUGUUUAGUUAAUAAACUUUAUAUAAAAUUCUAAUGGCUAGGCCAUCGGUAUUAAAUCCUUUAAAAUACGUAGUGGACAGACAAUACGAUGAUACAUUGUUGAUAAAAAAUAGAAUAUUUUCGGAACGGUUAUCAAGGGCUAGAAACUUUUAUAGAAAAGAUCUUUUUGCUCAUUAUGGGUGUGUUAACGCUAUUGAAUUUUCUGCUGAGGGUGAACUGUUGGUUUCUGGUGGAGAUGAUAGAAGAGUCUUGUUAUGGUCAGUCCUCGAAUCAAUAUAUGACAAAGGUAGUCCGGUAGUAAUGCGAAAACCACAUGUUAGCAAUAUCUUUUGUGUGGCCUUUGAUUCAAGAAAUGAAAGGAUCUUCUCUGGAGGAAAUGAUGACCAAGUUAUUAUCCAUGAAGUUUAUUCUGGAAAUGCCAUAACAAGUAUUCCUCAUAGAAAACCAGUAUAUGGGUUAAGUAUUAAUCCUCAGAAUGAUGAAAUAAUUUCAACUGCUGGUGAAGAUGGGAGACUUUUAUUGUUUGAUGUUCGUGAGGCACCUAAUCAAGAGGCGCAAGUCCUUGCAAAACAAAAGACUGGCUUUCAUUCUGUGAUGUUCAAUCCCACUAACCCUCGAUUUUUGGUAUCUGCUAAUUCAGAGGAGGGCAUCGUCUUAUGGGACUGCCGAAAACCAAAAGAAGAAUUAGUCCAUUAUGAUGUAAGUAGUGGUAAAGCAAGUGGAAUUAGUGCUUGCUUCAAUUCAACUGGUAAAAUGGUGUUGGCUUUGAGGCGGCGAUUGCCUCCUGUGUUGUAUGAAACCCAGUGUGAGAAAGCUGUGUGCCAGUUUUAUCAUCCCCAGUAUUACAACUCUUGUACAAUGAAGACUUGUUCAUUUGCUGGUGACAAUGACGAAUAUGUCCUGAGUGGAUCUGAUGACUUUAAUUUAUAUAUGUGGAAAGUACCUCAAGACAAUGCAGAGUGGGGUACCUCACAUAUGGUUCUAAGGGGUCAUAGGUCCAUUGUAAAUCAAGUUCGUUACAAUAAACAUAACAACUUAAUAGCAUCAUCAGGGGUUGAGAAAAUGAUCAAAUUGUGGAGUACUAUCCCGAUAGGAACUUGGCGAGGAUCUCUUUUGAGGGAACAUUGUGAUCCUGCUCGUAUUGUCUAUUCACAUCAAGAUUACGUUGAGUUGGUGGGUGGAGGUGGUGAGAGGAUCUCCCAUGACUAUAGUGACCAAUCAACACUUGAAGAUGCCAAAAUGAUGGCAUUUUUUGAUUCUUUAAUUCAAAGAGAGAUUGAAGGAUGGGUAUCUAGUUCUGAAGAUCUCUUUUCAACUGAUAGCGAUAGCGAUGACCAGGAGCAAGAUUGGUCUAAACUUGUUUCAAAAAUGUUUCGUAAUGGAAGAAAUUCUACAAAUGAGGAACCAAAGAAGCACAAAUACAACAAAAUAGCCCAACUCAUAUCGAAGAAAAGAAAUCGAUUGGCCAAGAUGGCACACAAUAAGUCGCCAAGUUCAGUGCAGAGAACUUUGUUAAAGGAGAAAAUGAAAAAGCGAAAAAUGAAACAGAAGGCGCAGCAAAAAUUAAAUGGAUGUUCCAGAAAAAAUCUCAGAAAAAAUGUAUUUGGAGAAACAAGAAAAAAUAAAUCAACUUUGGAAAAUAAUAGGACUUAUACAUACCGUACUAGACAGAGUUUAAGAGAUAGUGAUAGAUCCAAUUCAAAUACUUUAUUAGAUGGACCAAGCACAAGUACCGGAAUUACCAGUUCAAAUGCUGUAUUUAGAGUUACCGAUCAAGAUUCGGAGGAAGAGAUUUCUUUGCCCAAUGGCAAUCAUGAAUCGAAUAAUACCGCAGAGGAAGACAACUUAAUAAAUAUUCUUCCAACUCCAUUGAAUGGUACCCAAGAUAAGUAUAUUUCCGCCCUUGAAAUGUCAAACGGCAACUCCAAUCGCAGUACAAGAAAUGAAAUUUCAUCUAGAGCCUCGACUAGCGGAACUACACAAGAAACUCUUCAAAUUGUUGACAGAAAAUAUCUUGAUGGCUGUGCUUCUACUAGUGGAGGUGGACCAGUGAAUGGAACCAACAGGAGUGUUGUCUUAAGUGCUACUGAUAGUGAAACUGAUUUUGAGUAUGAUUAUCACACACCAACUAAAAAGAGGCGCACCAUUAGUGCAUCAGAUAGUGGUUGUGCUACAGGUCCUUGUUCGAGUUCUAGCGCAUAUUCCAUUAGAAAUCUCAGAAAUCACCAAGAGUGUUCAACAACUUUAAAUAACACCCCUAGUUCUGAUGAAGAAUUAAAAUAUGAAAAGUUUAGGAAAAGAGUGAAAAAGGCAAAAGUGAAUUUUAGGAAUCAUAUAGGAGCAGACUCUGACUCUAACUAAGUGGCUCCUAAGGGCUGUGUAUUCUAUUGACUGUUUUUCAAUGUCCUGCAGAGGGAUGCUACUAUUGGGUAAAAUAUCAUUUGUGAAAUCAAUUUGAUGCCCUUGAAGUGCGCCGAUAAUUAAUAUUUCAUUUUUAUUACACUGUUAUGAAACUUAUUUUGGAAAUUAAAAGUGUUUUAUUUGCUAUUGCCAACCUUCAUAUUUUUUUUUCUAUCUAAUGUAUACAAUAACUAUAAUAUUUAAUUCUUAUUAAGCUAUUAUAAAAUCUUAAUAAUAUGAAAUUAAGUGUUUCGUUUCACUAGCUCAUUUUUGUGUUUUUCCAAUGUAAUUUUAACAUUGCCGAAGUGCAUUUUACCUUAAUUUUAUUUAUAGUUUGUGUAAUAAUUAUUAAAUAUAU